AAAGCAUCUCCGCCUGUUUCCUCAGGGAAGCCGGGCAUGUGUACAGUUUUAUUUACAUUAUCCACAGCUUGCUAGUUUACGGACCUUUAAGUUAACUACGGUGAGCUGUAAAGGACGAGGAAUGGCAGGCCUUUGGAGAGGCUACCAGGUCUUGAUGACUAAAUACCCCUGGACAGUCCAGAUAGUGACAGCGGGAUCUUUAGUAGGUGUCGGUGAUGUCAUCUCCCAGCAGCUGAUCGAGAGGAGAGGAUUGGCUAACCACAACGUGCAGAGGACGGCUAAGAUGAUGAGUAUUGGUUUCUUCUUUGUGGGCCCUGUCAUCGGCAGCUGGUACAAGGUUUUGGACCGACUGGUUGUUGGAGGAACCAAAAGCGCUGCCAUGAAGAAAAUGCUGGUCGACCAGCUGUGUUUUGCGCCGUGCUUUCUGGGAGCCUUCCUCUGCAUCUCUGGCGCGCUGAAUGGACUGACAGUCGAGGAGAACGUCACCAAGCUCAGGAGGGACUACACAGAUGCCCUGAUCUCUAAUUACUAUCUUUGGCCUCCAGUCCAGAUUGCCAACUUCUACUUCAUCCCUCUGCACCACAGGCUGGCUGUCGUCCAGGUCGUUGCUGUUGCUUGGAACUCCUACCUGACCUGGAAGGCCAAUAAGAUGUGAAGGACGCUCACAAGUCCAGCCUGUGUCGUUCUCGCUGAUGAUUACUUUGCACUCAUUCGUAGUGUGUGUGACAUGGGCGUAACUUACUUUAGGCUACUUAGUCUGCUGGUAUUUCCAAUGUGUAAAGCUGUGACUGAGUCACGCGUAAAGGUCGGGAGAAACGGCUCGUCUACUCCGAGUGACAAAUUCACACUUGAAAGUCAAACUUGCAUUUGCAGAAAUGUCUGUGAAAGUUUCUUAUUUAUGGAAAUGGGAUUUGGCGGUGGUGCUGCAGUGUAUCCACACAUACACACUCAUACAUUAACACCUAUUGCUCACAAAGGAAACUUUUCUAAUCUCUUUAGUGUAUUGACAUCAUUAUUUUUGUAAUGUGUUGGUUUUUUUCUAUAAUGGACUUCUAGUCAGAUAUUUUAAGUGCAUUCCAGAGUUUCUAAUAAUGUGAUUUUAGUUUACAUAGUUGUGUUUUUUUGCUUUGUCUAAACCUGCCUCAUCUUUUACUUCAUUUCCCCCUAAUUUGACAGUCGAAGAGGUCAAACCUCCUGCAGCAUUUACAAAGCUGCAUUACUGGAUUAAAUUCAUUUGGCUUGGGGCCUUUUUCUUUCUUUUAAAAAAAAAAUCAGAGUAGUGACGUUUUUCUACAUUCGAGAAGUGUUGCAGCAGAUUUGACAUCUUCAGACUGUCUCCUUUCCUCUGUGAAGUUUGCAAGCAGGUGAGGUUGUGUCAGCUGUCUCUACUUUUCUUCUACAUUUGACAGAUCUCAGGAAAAAGCUGAUAUAAAUGGACAAGAUGCCACAGUUUGUCUUCACUCAGAUUACACCAACUCUUAUCUGCUUUGAGUUUAUUUUGUUGGUCGAGGUUCCUGUGGUUAAAGUACCUAAUCUAACAUCAUGGCUAUGUAAAGAAAGAGCCUUGUUCCUUAUCUUAUUUAACAUAAUGUUAAAGGAAUAGUUUGCAGAGAGUUGAAUGAUACAAGCUCAAUACGUCUCUGGUGUCUGCAACCACCAAGCUUAUCCUAUUUUAAAGGCUGGAAACAGAAAACGGUCAACUGGACAGUUGUUGUCAGACAUUUAUACUCAGAUUUACAUACUUGCUUUAAAAUCGUGGUUGUUAGCAAGGCAGCUGUUUACUCCUGUUUCCAGUCUUUUAUUGGGUUGGUUAUCACUGUGGUCCAGUGGUUCACACUGCUGCUGCCUCACCCCAAGAAAGCAUUUAAAAUAAAGUGAACAGAAUAAACCAUUGUAUAAACGGGAGUUUGUUUCCUCUAGUCUAAAGCAUUCUGAGUGUUCAGUAAGGAGAGAAAACUGCUAUGCAAGUGCAAAUACAUUAAUGCAACACUAACAUAACGUGUCAUAAAAGCACGAGUGAGAUCAGUCUUCUCUGUGCGAGGACAGUCAUAUUUACUCAGACGUCAAACUGUUCCUUUAACAGUCAGCGUCACAUUUGUUCUGUAGCUGCUGAAGAGUCACCACUAAUCCGCAACAUAACCCAGGAUCAUGUCAGUGCUGCGUUCCCCUUUUUCAGGAUAUGAAGAAUCGCUUUAUCCAUAAUGGGCACAUUUUUGAUAAUUAAAGGUCACGUCUGGUGUAAGAGCUAAUAAAGUUUUACACGAGUUGA